ACAUAACGCUAUUACCAAAGGCGUGAAUAAUAACAUGAGACAUAUCCAAAGCUGUUGGAAAUUGUUAUUUGAAUUAAGCAAAAUGGACUAUUUCACAGCUAUUCUUUUGUUUUCUUUCUUACUUCAAGUAUCUUUGAGUGAAGUCAUUCAUUCUACCUGCACUGAAGAUGAAAAUAUUUUAAAACCGAAGUUAGAAAACAACAGAUACAAGCCGAACUCGAUCACAUACUGGCGUAUAAUUCCAUCUUCUAAACGAGAAUCUGUUAGGACCGAAAUGACUAUUAAAUACAUUGAUAUAGAUAAUGAAGCAGGAGAUUAUCUUCUUAUUGGAUCAUCAUCUAAGAAUUAUGGUAAUGAAAGCGACAUUUUUGGAGGUCCUCCGCCUUUACUCCUAACAGAAAAAUCGAAAAACAAGAAGGUAUUAAUAGCAACAGAAUCGGGCAACACAGCUUAUGUUGUCUUAAUUAGUAAACAAAAUCCUAAAAGAAAUGCUAGAGGUUUCGAAAUAUUGUAUCAAUGUACCGGUGUAUCUGUUCCAGAAGAAGAAACUGAACCACCUAAAUACGACCUGUGGAAUAAUGCUAUUCCUGUCUGUGUUGAAAUUUCUUUAAAUAUUUCAGAGGCAGAAGUGAAAAAUGAUGUAGUAUCGGGUAUUAUAACAUUAGCAGAACAAUACAUCAAGAAGAAAAGCAAUCGUGCUACUAUCAGAUUUAUUAGAGAAACCGCUAUAAAUAUUUAUACUUAUGCAAAAAGAAACGAUGGUUCGUUUUAUUUUCUUUUCACCAUUACUCAUCCAAAUGAUGAAACCAAACCCUUAUUUACCUCUGACCAGUUGAGAGAAAUAUUAUACAAUCAAGAUUAUGACAAUUAUCAUUUUAAGGAUUGCAGAAAAAUAUUUAAGGAUAAAACAGAAACGUAUUUUAUAUACGCAACAAUUCCACUUUUCUUCGUUUUCUUUCUAUUCGUAUGGUGGUGGAGAUAUAAUCAAUUUUGGAAUUCACGAUUCAAAACAGAAGAAGAAAUAAAAAAUGAUACACCGAUUACGAUAAAUAUUGAAAUGUAUCCAGCUCAAAUGAAUAAUCCCGUUUAUCAACCCGAUUCUCCAACAAGCAUUUUUCAACACGAAAAAGAAUCCGCUUUUUCUUUCUCAACUCCUAGUUUUACAAAGAAGGAAGCCGAACGAACAGAAUCUAACGAUUCCUGGUCUGAACAGUCAGCUCGGAAUAGAAAGAUCAGUCGUAAAAAGUUCGUCUCUUUCGCAGUACCUCAAAUAGAUGAUGAUGAUGAUAAUGACGACGACAUAGUGAAGAAUAAUGUUUCGGAUACAACUUUAAAAACAUCACCACCAAAAAUAGAGGAUACAAAAUUAUAAAACAUUGAUAUUAACUCCUUUUAAUAAGUUGUACAUAAAUAAAGAUAAUAGUAUCAU